AGACAAGGACCAAGAACAAUUCACGAAGCAGCUGCUGUACUACCUCGGUGGCUUUGCUGGUGGAAUUCCGGUGAGCACUUAGUUCUUUGUAUUGAGAGAUUAUGCGAGAGACACUCUUGCUUUAAGAUGGAGAUCUUGGAUGACGGCAUAUUAUAUGGAACGCUACCUGAGUGACCAAACAUUUUACAAAAUCCAGUCACAGUCUAUCAUUGACAAUCCUGAUCAGAGGAUUGUUGACGAUCUUAGUUCCUUCACAGGGACAGCCCUUUCCUUCUCUUUGACACUUUUUAAUGCAGCUGUGGAUUUAAUAUCUUUCAGUAACAUCCUCUAUGGUAUCUAUCCUCCGUUAUUUAUUGUUUUACUUGUGUAUUCAAUUGGUGGAACAGCAAUCAGUGUCUUUCUUGGGAAGGGAUUGGUUACUCUUAAUUUUCUUCAAGAGAAAAAAGAAGCAGAUUUCCGUUAUGGACUUGUACGUGUUCGAGAAAAUGCUGAAUCAAUUGCUUUCUAUGCUGGAGAAGAAAAUGAAAUGCAACUUCUGCUGCGGCGCUUCAGACGUGCUUUUGAAAAUUUAACUCAAUUGUUGAUAUCUUCAAGAAAUCUUGAGUUCUUUACCAAUGGGUACCGGUAUCUCAUUCAGAUCCUUCCAGCUGCUGUUGUUGCUCCUAUGUAUUUCUCUGGAAAAAUUGAGUUUGGUGUCAUUAAUCAGUCUGUCUCUGCUUUUAACCAUAUCCUUGGGGACUUUUCUCUUAUUGUGUACCAGUUUCAAGCAAUUAGUGCCUUUUCUGCUGUCAUUGAUCGAUUAGGUGAAUUUGAUGAUAUCUUGGAUAGCAGCUCCAAAAGUCUCACUGACCUCUCACAGGAGAUUAGUCUUAAAUAUUGUAAUAUUCAAGAUUCAUCAACUUUGGAGUCUAAUGGAUCGAUGCUUGUUCGCAAGAAUCAGAAAUUACUGGAAAUAGAAAAUUUAACCCUAGAGACACCAACAAUAAAAGCUACACUUGUUAGGGACCUAACUUUGGUGAUCAAUUACAAGGAUCAUUUGCUGGUGAUGGGACCUAGUGGAAGCGGCAAAACUUCUUUGCUAAGAGCACUGGCUGGCCUUUGGGUUACUGGAAGAGGGAAGAUAACAUUCUAUGUGGAAGAUGGAGAUGAUUCCCAUCCACUUGCUUCUAAAGAUAUGGCUUAUGGUGAAGUAAAUACCACAAGCUACCUGGAGGAAUUUGGAAGAUCCAUAAAUAGAAAAUCUAGAAGCAUAUUUUUCCUUCCUCAGAGACCAUAUAUGGUUUUAGGAACACUUCGACAGCAGUUGCUUUACCCGACCUGGACUGUAGAUGCAAUACCUGUAUCAGAUGGUACCGAAAAAGGUUCACUGCCAUUUUUGAUGCGGAUACAAAACUCUGAAAAUGCAGGUGGACAGUGUAAUAAGCCUAAGCCCACAACAGAUGAUUUAGUACAGGUUUUAGAUGAUGUCCGUCUUGGCUACAUAUUGUCUCGUUUUGGUGGCUUGGAUGCAGUGUGUGAGUGGUCCAGUGUUCUUUCUCUUGGUGAGCAGCAGCGCCUUGCUUUUGCACGGCUGCUUCUUUCAAAACCAAAAUUGGUGCUAUUAGAUGAAUCCACAAGUGCUUUGGAUGAAGCUAAUGAGGCCCAUUUGUACCAGAAAAUUGAAGGGGCGGAUAUAACAUAUGUCAGCAUUGGCCAUCGCAAAACAUUACAUGCUUACCAUGAUAGGAUCUUACAUAUAUCCACUGCAAAUCAAGACAGUACACACCGUAACUGGGACAUUGAGUCCAUCAACCGUGACACCUCAUAUAAUUUGCAAAAGCUAUAGUUGCAGCUGCCACAUAAGUUAAAUGGCCAUGUUCAAUUAUCUUUCUCCUCUCAGUAAGUUCCAAGGUGAAUUUGAAUACAAAUUCAGAGUACAAGGGAGGAAGCAAUCUGGUUAGGAGCGUACAUUUCAAAUUGGCAACUGUAACCAUAUGAUAUAAUUAUAUUUAUCUUCCACUCUAAUGUUGCUGGUGCGGUUCAUGUUCUCUUUGCCUAACCCUUUAUGAAAGAUAAUUUAUAAUUUAUUGAAGCAAUACGUAUGGUGAUAGUAAGUGCCCAGUACACGGAUUUCCUAAUAAAUUGCCAGGUGCAGGUAAGGUUAUAUAGAAAGGACAACAAAUAUGAUAAAUGAUGCGAGGCUGAAGAGCAGCAUCCAGCUUGUGGCUGAAGGUCAUUAGCGCAGAGGCAUUAUUGGUAAUAUAAAAAUGCUUGGGAUUUUGUCUGGGCGUGAUUUUGAUUCUUCUUUCAAAGUUAAAAGCCUUUCUUAUGGAAACUUGCAAUCGAUGGCUUCAAGAAUCCAGAUUCCCUAGAACUCAGCCCUACCCACCUCUUUGGUCAUAGUCUCCCAUAUAUAUCAUCUUAUCUCUUAGGGCAACAUCAACCAAACAAAAAUGAAAAAUAUCCUUAUUU